UCAAAAUUAUCAAUGUGGAAUGAACGUUGCAAGACCCAUUUAAAAUUACGUAAAUUUUUAUGUGGUUUUUUAGAUCAUUGUUAUGUAAAUAUUGAUUAUACCGUUAAAGAAAGACGGUUACUAGAAAAAUUAUGUGAUAUUGAGCUGGUAGAUACUAGUGAUAAAACUGUUUUUUAUAUUGAUAAUAAUUACUCUUUUGAUACGAUUAUUUUCCACGGCAACGAAUGGACAUUAUCAACAUUUGAACUGUCGACAUUUUUAUUUACUCUCGUCUUAGGAAAUAAUUAUAUACUGUCGGCAAUUUUCACAAUAUUUUUAUCUCAAAUAUUGACAUUACUCGCUCAACUAAAUCAAAGUGAGAAUAUUUCACGUAAGACACUUAUUGACGAACGAUUUCUCAUGUAA